AUGGGAUUUCCAAGAAAUCGGGCGUUAAAAGCUCUAGCAGCUACGGGAAAUCGCAGUGUUCAGCUAGCAUCAGAUUGGUUGCUCACACAUGUUAAUGAUACUUCGCUUGAUGUAGAAGAGCCCCGUGAAUAUGUUUUGUACAUCAAUCCUACUGGAAAAUUGCUUGUUCAUAUUUACGAAUUCAGAGAGAAGUCAAAAGCUAUUUCUGGAUGGAAUGGUGCACACAAUUUUCAUCCACAUAUCACAUUAGUUCCUUUUUUUAAAGCAGCAGAUGAAGAAUCGAUACAAUUAGCAAAAGCUGUGAAACAGGUUGUUGAAAAAGUGGGACAUCCACCAGCCUGUCCAAUAAAACUAGAAACUUAUAUUUCACCUAAUUUCAUUGGCCUAUUCAUUUCUGAUGAAUAUGCUAAUUAUUUUAAAGAAAUUUCUAAACAGUAUUUGCGACAAGUAUCAAAAAAUUUACUUAUUGACGCGACAAACUUAGAAACGCAUGCAAAGUCAUUGCAUAUGACACUUGCCUACCACUUUGACGUAUCUGCAUUUGACUCGCUCAAGUUGCUGGCCGACAAGAUAGAACUACCAGAACGUUGCAACUGGGAGCUUCGGUUGUAUUCUAGAGACGCUCGCUUCGCGAAUCAUCAGGUGCACAAAGUAACCCAAGGUUACGCGCCAAAAGCGAGCGAUGAACUUGAAUUAGUUAUCGGUGAUUAUAUUUAUAUUAAGAAGUCAGAAUUUGACAGCUCGACUGACGGUUGGGUCCACGGCACUUCGUGGCUUACAGGCGUCUCCGGUUACCUCCCAGGCAUUUACACGCAAAGGACGGCUGAAUCUGAUGCUUGGACGUUGCAUCGCGUAAUUUCGCUUGGACCCAGCAAUUGUAUGGAGUGCAAAUCUUCUGAUUCUGAGGGGAAUACCGAGGGAGAAAUGUCAAACUAUCCACAUGAAGACGCGGCGUCGCUCGGCCAAGAAAAGUCUGAAGAGACGUACAGGGAGUGGGAGAAGUACUGGCGUGAGGUGCAAAACAACCGCAGCGAGAGCAUAUUACGUAUAACCCAAGGCACCAGUAUCGAUUGGAAAUCUAGUAGAGCUCAAGGAACCGGCGAAUCUGACCACAGUAUUGAUACUCUUGAUUCAAGUUGUUCGGAUAAAAACUGUCGGCGCUGGUUCUUCGCGAUGCGGCAUGGUGAGAGAGUGGACCUUACUUAUGGGCAAUGGGUGCCUUUCUGUUUCGACGAGAAUGGUACUUAUAUAAGAAAGGAUUUGAAUAUGCCUCUUAAGUUGGGAGAAAGGGCGGGUGGCGGCGCGGCGUACGCGCGGGACACGCCGCUGACGCGCGUGGGGCAGCUGCAGGCGCGGCUGGUGGGCGAGGGGCUGCGUCUGGCCGGCGUGUCCGUCGCGCACGUAUACGCCUCCGCCGCGCUGCGCUGCGUAGAAACCGCGCACAGCUUCAUCGAAGGAUUGCAAGCUGACCCAUCGGUGAAAAUACGAGUGGAACCAGGCUUAUUUGAAUUCAAACAUUGGUACGCGCCUACCGGUGUGGGGCCCUUCAUGACUUUGUGGGAACUGCAUAAAGCUGGCUAUAAUGUAGAUCUUAGAUACAAACCUUACGUAGAUUUGGACACAAACACGUCAGAGACAUUAGAACAAUGGUACAAGAGGAACGAAAUAGUAGCACAUUCCGUCGUUAGAGAUACAGCAGCCGUUGGAGGCAACGUGAUUUUUAUCGGGCACGCAGCUACAUUGGACUUGAUGGUUUUCGCACUCAAAAGAUAUGGAAAUAAACGUUUGGGGCCUGCUAACUAUAAAAUAAGUAAUAAUCUGCUUAGGGUUCCUUAUUGUGCUCUCGGUGCCAUGCGUGAUAACCCUUGGCAAGUGGUCUCGCCACCUUGUCCUCCCUCCAUAAACUCCAGCUCCGGAAGAUUCGAUUGGAAAAUACUCUUGGAUGUGUAA